AUGUCAGCGUGGAUCAAACGUGGAGAUUACAACCACGAGUACCACCACAAACAGAGCCAAUAUGUGGUUAAAGAAUACAGCAGCUCUGAGGUGAUGGAGGAAAGAUAUGAGCACAAAACACGCAUGCACAUCGAGGAAAUGUUGAAGGCGAAGAUGCUGGACAAAUAUGUGCGUGAGGGGCCGAUGAUCAGGGGACCAAAGUUCCUAGCAAGACUCAGAUCCCACACCGUGUAUGAAAAUACUCCGGUCAAACUCAUCUGCACUGUUGAUGGCUUCCCUCAGCCUAUUGUUAAAUGGUAUAAAGACGAUGUGAUCCUGAAUGUGUCCUCUGGAAAGUACGUGGUUGAAUCCAAAGGUGGAAUCCACUCUCUGGAGAUCCCAAGAUGCACAACUGAUGAUACUGCCCAGUACAUUGCUAUGGCUGGUAACAGCCAUGGACAGGUCUCUUGUCAGGCCUCCAUCGUGGUCAAGAGGUUCAGGCAGGAGGAUGAGUCCUGUCCCUAUGCAUGGCUGCCUUUCACAGCUGCUAUGCUUCCUAAGAUCCAUUACACCAAAAUCAACAUCACUUUCCUGGAGAAGUUUGGGCCGGUGUUUGCUUCAGAGGGAGGAUCUGCCAGUCUGACUGCUACCAUGACCCUGGAACCCAACCUGGCCAACCUACAGCCUGAGGCACAGUGGUACAGAGAUGAUGAGCGUCUGUUCGACUCCAAAUGGGUGAAGAUCGACACAGGCAGAGGAGUCACCACCUUGACUAUCCCCACCCUCUUCAAAGACGAUGAAGGCCUCUACACACUACGCAUGGUCACUAAAGGAGGCACUGCAGAACACAGUGCUUUUGUCUCUGUCGCAGAUGGUCCUCCCCCAGUCCCAAAGGCACCCGGUGCUCCUAUGGACAUCAAGAUCCACGAUGCCAAUAGAGAUUAUGUCAUUGUAUCAUGGAAGCCCCCAAAUACCACCACAGAGGGACCAAUCCUGGGAUACUUUGUGGACAAAUGUGAAGUUGGAACUGAAAACUGGACCCAAUGCAAUGAUCACCCCAUUAAAAUUUGUAAAUACCCAGUGUCUGGGCUGUUUGAAGGACACUCCUACUACUUCAGAGUCAGAGCAGUCAACUCGCAAGGAAUCAGCAAACCAUGCCGCAUGUCUGAUCCCAUCGCUGCGCUGGACCCCACUGAGUUUGAGAAGCUCCACGCCAAAAAACUUGGAGGAAAACUUGACGUUGUGUCUUACCAUGAUGAAGUGGAAGCUGAGGGAAAGCCUCCAGGUGCUCCAUCAGGAAUCAGUGUCUCAGAAAUAGACAGGACAUAUGUUGUUCUGAGCUGGAAAGCCCCAGCAUAUUCCAGCAAGGCUCCCAUGUGGUACUUCAUAGAAAAGUGCCUGGUAGAAAGUGGUGCAUGGCAGCGUGUUAACACUCAGGUCCCCAUUCGCUCUCCCCGUUAUGCCGUCUUUGACCUGGCAGAGGGCAAACAAUAUAAGUUCAGAGUUUUGUCAGCCAACAUCUACGGAAACAGUGAGCCAUCAGAGCCAAGUGCAACUAUUGAGACCCUGCAGCUCAAAGGAGUGCCAUCUGCACCCGGUCAGGUGAUUGCCACCAGGGAAUCAGACACCUCUGUACUCAUCCAGUGGGCUCCACCAAAAGAACCAAACAAUCUGAUUGGCUACUACAUUGAUCAGUGUGUGAAGGGGUCCAAGGACUGGGAUUCUGCCAAUCACAAACCCCGCAAGAACACCAAGUUUGUGGUUAGCGGUCUGACCAAAGGAGAAACCUACGUGUUCCGUGUCCAGGCUAUCAAUGAGAUAGGUCUUAGCGAUGAAUCCCAGGAGUCCUCCCCUCUGACUGUUAAGGCUGCCCUCACUCACCCCUCUGCUCCUUACGACAUCGCGGUGCUGAGCUGUGAUGGACAUUCAAUGGUGCUGAACUGGAAGAAACCUCUUCACUCGGGAGGAUCAAAGAUCAAGGAGUACUAUGUGGACAAAAGACGAAGCGGAACAACCAUGUGGAGGGAGAUUCACAUCCCACCAGUCACUGAAAGACUUUAUAAGGUGGAGGGCUUGACAGAGGGAGCAGUCUAUCAGUUCCAGGUGUAUGCAGCCAACCUGGCUGGCCUCGGACCAGCUUCCAAACAUUCAGCUGACUUCACCUGUGAGGCCUGGACCAUGCCGGAGCCUGGCCCUGCCUAUGACCUGACCUUCACUGAAGUGAGAGAUGACUCAGUGGUGGUUGAGUGGCAGAAGCCUGUCUACUCUGGUUCUGGACCAAUCACAGGCUAUCAUGUUGAGUACGCUAAGAAGGGCACUUCUGAGUGGACCACGGCCAAUCAAACAGCUGUCAGUCACCGUUUCCACAAGGUAACGAAUCUGGAGGUGGGCACCAGCUACUUGUUCAGAGUGCGUGCGGUCAACGCUGCAGGAGUGGGCAUGGCCUCAAUGGCCUCUGACCCCGUGACUGCCAACGCUGUGGCAGGUUCUCAGGAGGUGUCCUGUGCUGUGGAUGAGAAGUCAGGCGACAUUGUCAUGUCAUUCGAGUCCUGCCAAAUAAACGAGGGCUCUCAGUUCAUCUGGAAGAAAGACUAUAAAGAAAUCACAGAUUUCUCCAAAGGCGUUGUGAUUAAGACUGAAGGCAGCACUUCUAAGCUGAUCUUUACGAAUGCAGACAAAGAGGACUUUGGGACGUACUCUGUUUCUGUCACCAACACAGAGGGAGUCUCAUCCAGCCAUACAAUCACUGCUGAAGAGUUAGCAAAGAUGCUGGCGCUCAGCUACGAAAUCAGACACCCAAUUAUCCCGCUGAAGACAGAGUUGUCCUAUAAGAUUUUGGAGAGAGGCAGAAUGAGGUUCUGGCUGCAGGCUGAGGAGAUUUCCCCCAAAGUCACCUACAAAUUCUUUGCCAACAACAAGGAACUGUCUGGAGCUGAUCCCAACAAGAUGGGUCAUGACGUCUCUACAGGUAUCAUCGAGUUCAUCAUGGACCACUUCACCGAGGAGAAUGAGGGCACAUUUACCUGCCAGAUCACAGAUGGAGGCGGCAAAGCACAGAGCUCCCUGGUUCUGAUUGGAGAUGCUUUUAAGGCAGCACUGGCUGAGGCCGACUUCCAGAGGAGGGAGUACAUCAGAGUCAAGGAGGGUCCCCAUUUCAGUGAGUUCCUGACACUUCAUGUUGGAGACGACUGCUCUGUCACUUUGGUCUGCAAGGUUGCUAAUUUAAAGAAGGAGUCAGUGUUCCAAUGGUUUAAAGAAGACACAGAGAUCAUCCCUGAUGUGAAGCCCGACCUGGGAUCUGGAGUCUGUAAACUACCUAUCAAACUGUUUUCACUGAAGACAGCAGGACUUUAUAAGGCCACCAUCAGUGACGACAGAGGAAAAGAUAUGAGCCAAAUUGACAUCUCUGGAAAAGUCUUUGAGGAUGCCAUCAACAAGAUCAGCCAACUGGCUGGAGCCAGCGCAGCAGAGCUGGUGAUCAGCUGCACGGCGACAGGCAUUCAGCUGCAGUGUCACAUGAAGUAUUACACCUCCGAGAUGAACAUCACCUGGUAUCACGGUGAGACUAAACUGUCCCACGGUGAGAAGACUGUGAUUGGAGGAACUCCGGCAAUGGCAACAAUGGAGGUGAUUGAGCCGUCAGACAAGGAUAAAGGAAAGUACUCCAUCAUCAUCACCGACCCUGAAAACUCACACAAGCGCACACUGGACCUCAGUGGUGAUGUGUACGAAAAGGCCUUCGCUGAGUUCCAGAAACUCAAGGCUGAAGCCUACGCUGAGAAGAACCGCGGUAAGGUGGUGGGAGGACUCCCUGACGUGGUCACCAUUAUGGAGAAGAAGACCCUCAGUUUAACAUGUACAGUGCGUGGAGACCCCAAGCCUCAGGUCUCCUGGUUGAAGAAUGGAGCAGAUGUGGAGCCUGACGAUCAGUAUGUGGUCUCCCUGGACCAGGGCAAGUUUGCCAGUCUGACGAUCAAAGGUGUUUCCAUGGAGGAUUCUGGCAGAUAUACCAUGAUUGUCCAGAACAAAUACGGAGGGGAGUCUGUGGAUAUAGUGGUCAGCGUGUACCGUCACGGAGAGAAAAUCCCUGAAGCAAAACCAACUCUGACCCCUAAAACAAUCAUCCCUCCCAAGCUCCCCAUUGAGAUCCCUCAGCCCAAGACCCAGCCUGCCCCUGCCCCUGCUCCUGCCCCCGCUCCGAGCCCCGCCCCUCCCAAGGCAGCUCCAGGAAGAGGGAUGAAGAGCCCCACUCCCACCAGGAGGAAGUAGAAAAGCUUCUGACGGUCAUAAAUGAGAAAGAAACGCUAUUCAUGUAGACCACACAAGCUUGUAUUGGUAUUCUCUAUCUGGACAAAAUAUCAGAAGCAUUAAAUGGAACGGAGCUAACACUGUUGGGGCGUUAAAUUAGAGAAUCAAGCAAACUUUGUUAGCGUACAAAAACAAUAAGAAAAAAAAAUGUGAUAUCACUGUAUGAAAAUGAAAAAACCCUGUAAUGAAUCUAAUAAAAGAUAGCUGAUACAUGAACA